AUGUUUGUAUCUCCAGGUCUGAGAUCUUUCAGAUUACCGAAUAGAUCAUUUUAUUACAUCUCUCAUUCCAGUAAAAUUAUUAGUGGCAACUAUUCAUUGUUCUCUAAAAGACUAUUUUUCAGUGGAAGUCAAAAUAAUUUCAAUAAUCAAUAUAGUUCUAACGGUCAACACUAUGAUCCUUCCAGUGCCACAACUAAUCAAUUUACCUACAAGAGUGUAGUCGCAUAUCAACCAAAGGAUAGAGAUGAUGUGAUCUACCAGAAAUUGAAGGAUUCAAUAAUGUCACCAACAGGUGAAGAUAAUUUUUUCAUUCAAGCUAACUCAGUAUCUGACUUAUAUGCAGGUGUGGCUGAUGGUGUCGGUGGUUGGGCUGAACAUGGGUUUGAUUCUAGUGCAAUCUCCAGAGAAUUAUGUAAGACGAUGGCCCAAAUUAGCUCUACUUUGAAUCCUACAAAGAUUCAACUUACACCAAAACAAAUAAUUGACGAAGCUUAUAAUAAGAUUAAAAAGGAAAAAAUUGUUCAAGUCGGUGGUACUACAGCUGUAGCAACCCACUUUAAUAUGAAUGGUACUUUAACAGUAGCAAACCUGGGUGAUUCAUGGUGUGGUGUGUUUAGAAAAGAAAAAUUGACUUAUCAAACAAAAUUUCAAACUGUAGGAUUUAAUGCUCCUUACCAAUUAGCUAUUAUCCCUGAUGCAAUGCUGAAGGAGGCUGCAGCAAGAGGUGGUUCAUAUAUUCAGAAUGUACCAUCAGAUGCAGAUGAGUAUUCUUUCCAAUUGCAAAAAGAUGAUAUUAUUAUCAUUGCAACAGACGGUGUCACAGAUAAUAUCGCUACAGAUGAUAUGGAAUUAUUUUUGAAAGACAAAAAACAAGAAACUCAUACAGAUUUACAACAAGUGGCAAACGAGUUUGUGACAGAUGUUGUCAAAUUAAGUAGAGAUCCAAACUUUCCAAGUGUUUUUGCCCAAGAAAUAUCGAAAUUGUAUGGUAAAGAAUACAGAGGAGGUAAAGAGGAUGAUAUUACUGUAGUUAUGGUGAAGGUGGAAUAA